UCUAGGCAACAAGUAAGGUAUAGUAUUCAUCAAGUUAAUUAAGCAUCAAGUAUCAUUACACACAACAUAAAUAUUAUCUAUAUAUGGUCUUGUGCUUUGUGCUCAAUAACAUAUGAUCAUAUAUAGAAUCAUAGAGAAGUGUUUUGUGUUCAUUUCUCAACAAACACAAUCCCCUGUGUAUGUAUUCGAAAGCAGCAAAAGUUGAAUAAAACCUUGCGAUAAAUCGGAAGGCCAUCUUUGUUUGGAAACAAGGGCUGAUUUGAUUUUGUAAUAAGAGAUUCUAAAAGGACAACUAUGAAUGAGUUCAAUUCGGAAAGGUCAAAGGCAUGGAACAUGUACACGAAUUCUCCCCAUAGCUCACCUCAAAUAGGAGCUGAUGGUGGAGGUGACGGCGAAGGUCCAUGGAAGAACUUUGGGACAUCGAUGAAUGCAAUAUCUUUUGGUUUUGUUGCCACGGCCGUCUUAAUAUCAAUGUUCCUUAUAAUGGCUAUAUUCGAACAUCUUUUUAGACCAAAUGCCUCUUUCCCAUUGCCUCAACAAGCCCCUAAUGAUCACUCUCCACACGGAUCAAGGGCGAUGCACAAACUCGUAGACCCCCAACCACGCGCACAAACGACAUAUGCAACGGAUUUCUCAGUAUUGAUGCCGGGCCAGCAAUACCCAACCUACAUUGCACAUAAAACACCUCUACCUUGUUCUAGGGAAGGAGUGCAGUGGCCAAACCAUCAUCAACAUGUAUAUCCUAAGUAAGGAUAUGAUAAACUAAGCUAAUUGAAUUA